AUGGCUGCUCUAUCCAAGAUGGGCGGCGCACAUCCGUUGAGAAAUACUUUCGAAGCGGCCAUCGAGGAAAUAGAGGACCUAAUCCAGGAAAGCCUCGACAGACUCAUCUACCACUUCAAGAAAGCCCAUGUCUCGCAUCAGGUGGUCCAUCUGAAUGCGGGAUUCGCAGCCUUGACCUCCAAUGCCAUUCACAAGUACGUGUUCCGGUUCGAUCCCGGUAACAUCGACAAGGGGGGGUUCAACGCCAAGGUCAGAGACAGCAUCAAUGGGCUCUUCCAGCUGGCGCACAUUCGCUACUGUCAGCCAUAUCUGGCCACUAUUGAAUCUGGUGAUUAUUCGGGAAUCCUUGUUUAG